CUCUCUUCUCCAUAACUUAUUCGUUACACAGUAAACAAAAAAUGUUCGGUGGAAUCAAGUUUUCCUUAGUUUUACCAAUCAUUGUUCUCAUACAGUGUUCCAUCCUGCCCCAUGAGCAGGUUACAUUCACAUCCAAGCUUUCGCAAUUCGAAUGCCCCUCGCAUUGCGAUUAUUGCGCUGACCAAAUUUGUCACAAAUACUACUACUCAUACCACUAUAGAGAUAAUCUCCCUAAAUGGGUGGGUUGGAUAAUAGGUACAUCAACCGCGUUCGGGAUAUCAGUUUUCGUCGGUAUUAUCCUUUGUGCGUGUUUCUGUUGCCGCUGUUGCUGUUUUGCGUCUUAUCCAAGGCAGAGAGUAUCUAAGUUGCACGAUGUUUCCCUCAUCCACGGAUCAACUCCGCCUAAAUUUGAACCGAAUAAUGGCCAGCAUGUAAAUCCGCUUAUUGAGAAGUGCUGAUACUCCUUAUUUUCGUAAUUUCAACCGUGUCCCCUCCAACAAUUAUAGAUAUUGAUAUUAUAAAAAAAUAUCUUCCAGUAAAAUAUGGACGCAUACUAUACACAUCGAGAUUUUUAUUAUUUAAAUAUGUAACAAGCUUUACAAAUGUAUCAACAAUGUCAGUAAAAUUAUUUUUUCUAAGUUAUGUAGAACUGUCAAACCAA